GCCGCCGCCGCCGCCGCCUCGCACGGCGCCGAGGACGCGCCGCACUCCCACGAGAGAGGUCCCGGCCAGGAUCACUGGAGCUACAAAGACCGGCCGGAGUGGGCUUCGCGCUACCCGGACUGCGGGGGCGCCGUGCAGUCGCCCAUCAACGUCGACACCGCCAGGGCCGGCUUCAGCCCCCAGCUGCGGCCGAUCCAGCUCUCCGGCUACAGCCUGCCCUCCAAGGAGAGACUCAAGCUGAAAAACAACGGACACACAGUUGUCCUUGAGCUGCCCGAGUCGCUGGCCAUCACCGGUGGCUAUGCCCAGCAGUACAGAGCUGUGCAGCUGCACCUGCACUGGGGCUCCCCGGCAGAGCCCGGCUCGGAGCACACCGUCGAUGAUCGCCGCUUCCCCGCGGAGAUCCACGUGGUCCACUACAACACCAAGUAUGACAACUUUGAGGCCGCCAUGGUCCACCCAGAUGGCCUGGCAGUGCUGGGAGCCUUCCUGCAGGUUGGGCCAAGGGAGAAUCCAUACUAUCGGCAAAUACUUGAGCACCUGUACGAAAUCCAAGGAGAAGGUGAAGAAGUCUUUGUGCCUGGCUUCAACGUCGCAGGGCUGCUGCCUGCCAACCUGAACCUCUACUUCCGCUACAACGGCUCUCUGACCACCCCUCCCUGCUACCAGACAGUGACGUGGACAGUCUUCAACCAGACCGUGCAGCUGUCUCAAGACCAGAUCUCCGUGCUGGUGACGGCCCUGAGAGGGGACGACGACAGCCCUUUGCAGAACAAUUUCCGGGAGUUGCAGAAGCUGCAUGGGCGACACGUGCUGGCGAGUUUCCAGACCACCCUCACGUCAGUGAAGCAGAUGCCUCCAGGUGGUGGCAGCUCCUCAGAGGCAGGUGCAGAGAAACACAGCAGUUCAUUUCAGGCAGGGGACGUGCUGGCCGUGCUCUUCGGGGUGCUCUUCGCUGUCACGGCGCUGGCGUUCCUGCUGUACAUCCACAAGCACCGCAGCCAGACCGCACGGCUGGACUCGCCGACCAAAUCCAAGGUCAUCUACACGGCAGCCACCACAGAGGAGAACACGGCGUGAGUCCCACGCUACCGCGGCAGUCCUGGCACUGCCGGCUCAGCCUGCCACCCCGCCACCCAUCUCUCCUGCCCUGGCUAGCAGGAGGGCUGUCACUCCAGCGUCCCUCUGCUGCAUGGGCUGCCACACAGAGACUGUUCACCUGGGGCAGCAUCUGGCCUCAGUAGUUAUUUUUGUUAUAAAAAAAGAUAAAAAUGUAUUAAAAAAAUUAGAAA